AGAGUUGAAUGCGUUCAGUGCGAGUAAAAUAAAUCUUUUGAUAUUAAUUUUACAUCGCAACAUGAAAUACACAUUUUAGUUAUUGUUUCUGUGUGCAUCGAUGUACAGUUUUUCUAUGUGGACGGUUGUUGUUUUUCUACCGGGCGCUGUCGUUCCGUGCGGGGAAUGAGAAGAGUAUCCUACCGAUGCGGACUUUUGGGGGAGAAGUAUCGUUAACGGAACGGUACCGGGUGGCAAUGGCGGCCAGUCUGCCGGAGAGAGAGAGAAAGAGAGAGAGCGAUGAUGGAGACUUCUACCGGAGAGCGGCGGAUCGUUUCUAGAUGAGUGAUGCCGUGGCCUUUUGCCUCGCAGUUAGACAAUGUACCGAUUCCCCCGUCCUGCCAGAUGACCGUGACUGCUCUCUCUGACACUACCAGACCGCUGCAGUCGACCGGACCGCUGACCUCGUUGCCUGACCGGACCGCUGACCUCGUUGCCUGACCGCGGGUUGUGACCCCCGCUGCGUUGGGGGUGAUGGAGUACCAUAGCAGUGGUAGCCUGCCCCUGCUGAGUCGACCCAGGUACUGCCCCGGGGCCAACUCCAACGGUGGAUAUCUCUGUGAGACAGGACACUGCUGUGGGGAGACAGGAUGCUGCACCUAUUACUAUGAGCUGUGGUGGUUCUGGCUGCUGUGGACAGUUCUGAUCCUGUUCAGUUGUUGCUGUGCUUACCGACACCGCCGGGCUAAACUCAGAGUCCAACAGCAGCAGAGACAGAGAGAGAUCAACCUACUGGCCUACCAUGGAGCGACAUCCUACCCUACCUCCAUGUUAGACCUCAGUUUCCUGGCGUCUCUGAAGCUACCGUCCUACGAAGAGGUAGCAGCCCAACCCUCCACUCCUCCACCUCCCUACAGCACUGUGUUCGCUGCCCAGGGGGGCGCCGCUCGCUACCCCCAGCCACCCCACCAUCCCCCGGGGUCGCACCCCCACCCCAGCACCAGCGCUGCACCCUCCUCCUUCAGCUCUGACAACAGCUCCAGCUGUUCCUGUGAGUCUUGCUGUCCAUCUUCUCCCUGUAGCACCUACGAGACCGACACCAGCCGAGCUUCCACGCCCACAACGCUGUCCCAGUACGCUGCAGAGGCCGCCGCCGCUGUUGUCUUGGAGACAGUUGCCACGGUAACGUCCUCGGAGACGGUCGUCUCGGUAUCUUCGGAGACGGAGGCGGAUGUUGCCGGCGGCAACGGGACGGGUGUCGUUGCCGACGCCGACUUAAGCGAACGAUCGACAGAACCUGCACGGGUGCGCUACUUUCCUGGCGCUACCGUGGAAACUGUUACUGUGGAGACAGAUGUCUGUAAUGUAGCUCCUCUCUCUUCUCGUACCUCACCCACGUCUACAGAACACCCUCCAGUUGCUACGACAACAGGACACCCUCUAGUUGCUACGACAACAGAACACCCUCUAGUUGGGACUGCUUGUCCUUUAACCAAUCCAGGCCAAGACAGACCAUCCCCUCCCCACAGCCCCUCCCCCACCUCCGCUGUCCCCUCCCCUAUCCCCACCCCCACCUCCGCUGUCCCCUCCCCUAUCCCCACCCCCACCUCUGUUGUCCCUUCCCUAUCCCCACCCCCACCUCCGCUGUCCCCUCCCCUAUCCCCACCCCCACCUCCGCUGUCCCCUCCCCUAUCCCCACCCCCACCUCCACUGCCCACCCAGUCUCCCCCCAAGCAGACCCUGUUCUCCCCCUGCGUGGACGUGUACCAGCUUGUCCCCCACACCUACAGGAGCGAGGGAGAGGAGGAGGAGGAGGAAGAGGAAGAGCAGGAGGAAGUUGGGGCUGAUGCGAGUCAGUAUCGUCACCGCCGUCUAACAGGGGACUCGGGCAUCGAGGUGUGCCGCUGUCAGGAGGGUCCUGAGCCACAGAACCGGUCAAGAUGGUUCACUGGUUCUGUGGAGGGGUUCAGCACAGAGGAAGAUUAG